AAACACACAAACAAAGAAGAAGAAAACAAAAAGAAAUAAAAAAAUUUCAAUGACGAGAAAGAAAGUGAAACUUGCUUACAUUCCCAACGAUUCUUCAAGAAAAGCAACUUUCAAAAAAAGAAAGAAGGGUUUGAUGAAGAAAGUACACGAACUCUCGACUCUAUGUGGCAUCACUGCAUGCGCGAUCAUCUACAGCCCGUACGAUACCAGCCCUGAAGUAUGGCCAUCAAAUUCCGGUGUACAAAGGGUGGUUUCAGAAUUUAGGACACUCCCGGAGAUGGAUCAACACAAAAAGAUGGUAGAUCAAGAGAGUUUUCUCAAACAAAGGAUCGCGAAAGCGACAGAGAAUUUGAGGAGACAAAGAAAGGACAAUAGGGAGCUCGAGAUGAGUGAAGUCAUGUUCCAAUGUUUGAUGGGAAACAUGGAGAUGUUUCAUCUAAAUAUUGUGGAUCUUAACGAUUUGGGUUAUAUGAUUGAACAAUAUCUUAAAGAUGUUAAUCGCAGGAUCGAGAUUUUACGAAAUUCUGGUAUGGAGAUUGGUGAAUCUUCUUCUGCUGCGGCGGCGGCCUCUGAAGGGAAUAGAUUAAUGCCAGAUUUGGUGGCUACAACAGCUCCCACCACUACAAUUUAUGAGGUGGGUUCUUCUUCAUCUGCGGCUAACGCGAAUUUCUUUAAUCCUAUUGAGCAUCAACAAUUUCGUCAUCCGGCGGUUCAACAUGUUGGACUUAAUGAGCAACCUUGGAAUCUAAAUCUGAAUUUAAAUCAGAAUCAUAAUCAGAACCAACAACAAUGGUUUAUGGAAAUGAUGAAUCAUCCUGAGGAAAUGAGGUAUCCAACAGAGCAAAUGGGGUUUCAAUUCAUGGAUGAUAACCACCAAAACCACAUCCACCACCAGCAACAAGAGCACCAACAUCAUACCCCUGGCGAAUCCUUCAACCGCUCCUGAUGCCGCUAACUCAAGCAAUACCAUCCAUGUUACUUGUUCAAGUAUUACCAAUAAUAUAUGGUUCCGUUAGGAUUUCGUUGAAUGUGGCAUUACAAUAAUUUCGAGAAUCGAUUGAUAAGUAAAACUAUAACUAGCUUUAAGUAUUUUUUUUUUGUUGCACUACAAUUUACGUUUUAAUGUUGUCUGUUUUGUGAUGGUGAUAUCUUCAUUAUAUUUUCACAAUGAUUCUGCUUUUUAUAUUCAAAUAUUUUUGAUACUCUUAUUUUUGUUGUUUCAUUUUUCUUUAUGAUAUGUGUUUUUCCCCACAUAUAUGUGUUCUCUUUAAUAAAUUUUUUGCGCAUAUUAUAUUUAAGGUUUUUUGUUACUUUUAGUUAUGAAAUAGAACCGUUGAGAUUUUAUACAUUUUAUUUUAAUUAUGGAAACAU